GAGGUCCUGCUGAAGGGAAAAUGCAAAGGAAAAACAGCGCAGGAAAACAAAACCCCCCAAAACAAAUCGUCCACUUAAUUAAUCCUUUUGUAUCAGUUUCUUCUCUUCAGCAAAGAAUUAAUGUAACGCCGUGCAACUGAUCCAGGAGGAAAUUGGUGGGCGUGACACUAUUUAAACCGUUUUGAAAACCAGGAGAAAGUGAGUGGAACUAAAGAUACGAAGAAAGGGGCGCUAACAUGAGUUCCUUGCCGGAGACCACGCGCUCCCUCAUGGAGGUGUUUGAUGGGAAACUGCAGGAUUUUACCAAUGAAAUACACAAUGUCCAUAUGGUGUGGCUGGAGGAGAUCCAGCAGGAAGCUUAUCGGAUGUUUUCCAGUGAUUUCAGCACCGAGCCAGAACUAAUGCCAAAGACUCCGUCACAGAAAAAGACGAACCGCAGGAAGCGAGUGUCAGUGGAGCUCAAUGAGUCUCGCAGUAAAAGACGUUUCUCCAAGGGCAGACGUAGCAACCUGCGUCGCUCGUCGGUCCAGAUGACCCUGAACACAAUCUCUGAACUCAUUACUCCUCACGUGCCGACCGACAGCUCUGAGAGUCUGAUUGAGGAACCUGCUCCGACGCGCCGCAACAAAACCACUGCCCCGGCUGAAACCAAACCGGUCAAGCGCAGCACUCGUAAGAAAGAUGGUGCCAAAGCUAAGGUGGAAGAAGUGGCAGAGAGCGUUCCAGACGUCCGUGAAGCUGUUGAGGUGCAGGACCAGAUCCUGGCGUCUGAAGCCGUGGUGAAGAUUCCCUCCUCGGAGCAUCUGAGUGCAGAUUCGCUGCUGAAGUCUGUGUCUCCGGGCCGAUCCGCUAAUAAAAUCCCCAUUGCUGGGGAUUCUGGGUUGCAGACGACACCUCAGAGAUCUUCUAGGACAUCCGCUCGGCGCUCGCUGGUGGUCCGCCGUUCUCUGGUGGGCCUCAGGCACAGCAUGACCCAGGAAGCUGUUCGCAGGGCAUCCCGCCGCUCUUUCCUAAAAAAGAAAGCCAGACUGGGAACCUCAACUUGCAGCAGCUCCGUCAGCGAGGACAUCUGUAAUGAUGUUCAAACUGAGGACAUGGAGUACAAAGACCAGGUUGAUGCACCUGAAAUAAUCACUGAGCCAUCUACUGAAACCGAACCUGAACCAGAAAUCGUCCAAAUUGAGCAAACAGAACCCGAGAAGACUGAGGAAAUGGAAACUGAGGUAAAAGACAAGCUUCUAGAAGAGAUUCCUGAAACUCCUAGCACCAGUCAGGACUGUCGCUUCACGCGAUCCAUGACCCGAUCAUCAGGAACAGAUGGAGCAAAAUCCAAAGGAGAUGACCGGCCUACACGUUCAGGUUCAAAGCGCCACGCGGCUCAGGAAAGCCACACACCCAAGAAGAAACUAUCUCCUCCUCAAAAGUGCCUCACGAGUAUCGCUCCACACAUGCGCUCGUUCGUACACACUGUGCAGAAGAACCAGAUGCUGAUGAUGACUCCUGGGUCUCUGGGCCGCAGCAACAUCAUGAAGUCCUUCAUCAAACAAUCAGUCACCAAAACCAACACUAAGUUGGGCUCUGGCUCUGUGGAGCGAGAACGGCAGAAAUUGGAAGCCUUGAACAAGAAAAUAGAACUAGAGAAUGAGCGAAAGAAAAAGAUUGAGGAGGAGAGACGAAAGAAACAGGAAGAAAUGAAAAGGAAACGCGACGAGCGAUUAAAAAGGGUUGUGGAGGCUCGAGUGAAAGGUGAAAAACAGGAGCAGGAAAAGAAAAAGAAGAUUGAAGAAAAGAUGGCUCAGCUGGAGAAGAAAAAUGACUUGCUGAGAGUUGAGCGGUUGGCCGAGGAGAAAGCCAAGAGGAAGGUGGCCACUAAACGACAGGAAGAGCUGGAGCUCCGCAAGAAACAGGAAGAGGCAGCCAGACAAAAGAAACUUCAGCAAGAGGAAGAGGCGCGACACCAGGAAAUGCUGGCCAAGCGCAAGGCUGAAGAGGAGCGAGAGAAGGCCCGUAAACUGGCCGAAGCCACACGAGCUCUGGAGCUGAAAAAGGAACAAGAGCGAGAGAAAGAGAAGGAGCGGGAAAGACAGGCUGCAGCUGAGAGAGAAAGACUAGAGAGAGAGAAGGCUAUCGCUCUUCAGAAGGAACUGGAGAGAGCAGCCAGAGAGAAAGAGAUGAGAGAAAUGGAGGAGAAAAGGAAGAUGAACUCUGUUCUAAAUACUCCAGUUGGGAAAGGAGCUCAUAAUAAGACCAUAAAUGUGACGGUGGACAUUGAGAACUCUGCUCUGAAUACUCCAGUUGGGAAAGGAUCUCCUAAUAAGACCGUAGAUCUCGGACCUGGACUCAACGUGACGGUGGAUAUUGAGCAGCAAUCCCCACAGUCCUACCAGAUCACACCAAAGGGCCAGAAAGUGGCUGUUUUAGUAAAUCCUGAAGACUACGGCAUGGACCAGAACAGUGAUGACUCGACUGAUGAUGAAUCUGCGCCCAGAAAACCCAUCCCAUCCUGGGCUCAGGGUACACAGUUGCAGCAUGCUGUUAUGAACCAGUAUUACAAUCCACUGGAUCUGGAUUCCUAUUUCGGGGAGCCUGAGCCCCCUAAACUGGAGGAGAUCUUCACUCGGUCCAAACCUCGCUUCUUUAAGCGAACCAGUUCUGCUGUCUGGCAUUCACCUCCACACUUGGCAAAUGAGUCCCACGUAGUUUUUUAAAUGGGAUGCUGUUGUAGAAAAUGUGGGGAUGGCAUUUGCCGGAGAGUGAGAUUUACUACGCUGUUAAUAACAUGUAUUCUAAUAAAGUUUUUAAGUGUA